AUGGCCCCAAAACUCGACCCCAACGAGGAGAAAAUAAUUCAUCUCAGAGCGACUGGUGGUGAAGUCGGAGCCUCGUCUGCACUCGCCCCUAAGAUCGGUCCGCUCGGUCUCUCCCCCAAGAAGGUCGGAGAAGAUAUCGCAAAGGCCACUGGUGACUGGAAAGGUCUCCGUGUGACUGUCCGCCUCACCAUCAAGAACCGUCAAGCUGCCGUUUCCGUCGUCCCGUCUGCCUCUUCGCUCGUCAUCAAGGCGCUCAAGGAGCCACCGCGUGACCGCAAGAAGGAGAAGAACAUCAAGCACACCAAGUCCAUUCCUCUCGAUGAGAUCAUCACCAUUGGACGGACCAUGCGCCACAAGUCGAUGGCCAAGGACCUGAAGGGGACCGUCAAGGAGAUUCUCGGCACUGCUUUCUCUACCGGCUGCAAGGUCGAUGGCCGCAGCCCCAAGGACGUCAGCGACGACAUCGAGUCCGGCGAGAUCGAAAUCCCAGAAGAGUAA